GGGCGGGCGCGGGGGGGUUCAUUGAGAACGUGUAGGCGGCGCGUGGGCGGCCGGGUAUAAAAGCCUCCGCACCCCUUCCAGCCCACACAGUUCUCUACUGCUCGCUCCAUGAGCAACAACCAGUGAAGUGAAGUGAAUCAUGCAGACACCGAGCCUCAGUGUGAUGUGGGCGUUUGUGGUGGGGUGCCUGGCGGUGGCGGAGGCCUACCCCGGCGCCUGGCCGGCCUACGCGCCGCGCGACUACCCCGACGACGACUACUACUACGCGCCCGCGCCCGCGCCCAAGGUGCACUACUACUACGGAGGCGCCGCGCCGCGCCACAGCGCUCCCGAGGUGUACGGCCGCGUGCCCUACCCCUUCUACUAUGACUCCUUCGGCCACUACGCCAACGAGGACCCCGUGAGACAGGAGGAGCGCCUCGCCUCGCUGCCCGUGGGGCAGGAGACCUGGUUCGAGAGCGAGACCGAGCCCAGCUGGAGGAACAACGAGAUGGAUGACGUCAACGCCGCCUUCCUCGAUAACCUCAUCCUCACCCAAAUGGCCCAGGACGCACAGCGGCGCCGCGAGAACGCGCGUACAGCGCAAGCGGCCAAUGACUACGAGGAACCACCCAGGAAUGCCGAGGACGAAGAUGUGAGGGAGCUGAAAGCUCUGGCCGGCAAGCCGUUCUACCACGAGCCUAAGACCGCGCCGCGGUUCGACGAUGACGACUACCCCAUGGACGACGGGUUCAUCAACUGGAACGGCAACAAGCGCAGCGCGACGGCGGCGCCGCCCGCCAGCACGGCGCGGCCGCGGCUGGGCCAGGACGAGGUGGCGGUCCCGCGUCCCGCGCCCGCACACCGCGACCACCACAAGAAGGACUCCGUCUACGACAAGAUCAGCCAACUCCUCGAAUCCGAAGCGAAAACACACCCACAAAAGGAGACGAAGGCGCGCAGGAUCGACAAGCGGUUCGUGGCGACGGACGGCGGGCUGGUGGCCGAGCUGCGCGGCCUCAAGCACCGCAUCCGGACCUAGGCACCCCCCCCACCCGCUCACUCCACACUCAAGAGACUGAAUCUUAAUAUAGACAAUGUAAAUAAAAAAUACGAGGGCUGAGAUCGUCCAAUCGAUCAGGCAAGCUGGGCAAACUAAAAGAAAACCCAAAAAAAAGUUACAAUUCUAAAGAAUGAAUACCGCGAUGCCCGCUGUAAAAUAUAAUUAGAAAACUUGUCUCCUAAUCAUUUUAGAGAUCGGUUUAUCUUCUCUUUCCGAACUUUACUUCGUUAUUUUAGGUGAUAGGUAAUUGUAAGCACAUACGGGUAUACAUGAUCGUACAAAGUGUGACUAUAAUCGUUAAAAGGAAGCUUGUUUGUUGAGAGUUUUUGCAUGAAAUUAUUUUAUAGGAAGAAGAAAUGUUGUACCCUUCGGUCGGCAGCUAAAAUGAAUGCACAUGUUUUAAAAAACGUGCGACUUGUAAAUAUUUGUACUGAUUAUGUCUAAGUCUUUCUUUAGUUAGAUAGUUACGUGUCUAUUAAAAUAUAUAUGUACUUCUGUUUAGGCGCAAGCUAUUGAGAAGUUAACUGAUGUCUAGCUGUGAAAAAAAGAGAAAAUACAUUUUCUAAUCUCUUUUUUGUAAAUUUGGCCUAAAUAAUUUGAAACGAAGGCGCUGAGUAUUGUUUAAAACUUUAGCUCUCUGGUUCUGCGGACAAUAGUCUCAUUUUGCGAAGCAACACGGGAGGGAGUCGCACUUCUCAAAUGAAUUUGAUGAUUCUCUCGAAGGGCGGAGGAUUCGGUGAUAUUGUAGCUUUACAGCUUUAAAAUGUACUUUUUAUAUACUUCAGAAGGUCUGUAAGACUUUAUAUAGAGAUGAAAACUUUCGUAGUUCUUUCUAAGAAAAUUUUUAUUCCCUCCAAAACGUCUCGGUCCCAGAUUACAACACUAAUCCCUGAAGGACACAAGACUUUUUCUAUUCUUUUUUCUAUAUAAAUAUAAGAUCCCAUCAAACUUUGUAUAAAACUUCAUCCGAACUAUCACGUAUAAAAUACAUAUCUGUUUCAAGUAAUGUCAUUAUCCCAUUGGGUUUAAAAUUCUUACGUAUUUAUUCAAAAUUAUACCUAAUGAAAAAGUAGCCUAAUAAAUGUGACCUGUAAAGUAUUAUUAGAUAAAGCAAUUAUUAAAAUUACUAUUAAAAUAAUUACUGUCGUCAAAACAGUAAUGUAUUCGUUCGUUUUAAGCCAAAUUUUGUAUGAUUAAAUUUUUCCAUAAGUAUACCUACCUAUUUGAAAUAAUAUUAGUACCUACCUACUUACCUACUACGAACUUGAUGCAAUUAUCCAGUCCAUGCUGUAGUAACAAUACCAUGUAUGGUGUAAUACAAAAAAAUAUAGAAAGCAUUAUUGUAAAUCUUUAUAUUUAUAACGACAGGCCGAGACAGGCAAGAUGAGUUGGACAAGUAACUCGACUCUCUGUUCAAAUAAAAUGGCAGAUAAUAAUUAUGAUAUACUUAUAAUAGAAUGGAUGCUCUUACCUUGCUGUGCUUGUAAUAUACCUAUUAGAUAUACAAUAAUACAAACUGAAAAUAGCCUAAACUAUAUUUUAUAUAGAAAUGUCUAGUAACGUUCCUGUAUUUUAAUAUUAGAAGUUUAUUUUUCAACUACAGUGAAAUAUAACAAUGUACUUUAGAUAGAACUUUUGUUGAAAGAUAAUAUACGAAUACAUAGAGCUAUUAAAUACGACAAACUUGCGUGAAAAGAUGAAAUAUUAAAGAAUACUUUCAAUGUA